UUUCCCAUCAAAUCAUAGUUACACCGUUACUGAGCUAUUAGGAAUUGUUGGUCCAAUCAACUGUACAGCGGAUUGUAAUCCUAAAUGUAUAAUGAAAUGGAGUGGUCCCAAUCUUCAAAAUGGAAAUACAUCUGAACUGAAUAUAAAAGAUAUUGAAAGGAAACAGGCAGGAAACUAUACAUGCACUGCAUCAAAUAGUGUUGGUAGUCAGAUUUCGGAUAUAGUUUUCGUCAUUGUUAAAUAUGGUCCAAUGAAAGUUAACAUAUUACCUAAUACUGACCCGUACAUUGUAAAAGAGGAAACAGAACGUGUCAAUCCUUUUAAUUGUACAGCUGAAUGCAAACCGGACUGUAAAAUGACAUGGACUGGACCUGACCUUCCUGAAGGUAUUACCUCAAUUCUGAUUCUACAGAACAUACACAAAAGACAGGCAGGAAAUUAUACCUGUAUUGCUUCAAAUGAUGUUGGCUCUCUGGAAUCUUCGAGUGUCAGAAUUGUCGUGCAUUAUGGCCCUGAUCAAGUGAUUAUCGAUCCACCUGAAACACAUUACACAGUAAACGAAACAUAUAGUGCAAUUCCCAUAUCUUGUACAUCAGAUUGUAAACCUGAAUGUACAAUGACAUGGAGUGGACCCAAUCUUCCUGUUAAUACUUCAUCUGUGUUGCAUCUACAUAGAAUUGCCAGGAACCAGACAGGGGACUACAAGUGUACUGCUGUAAAUGAUGUUGGUAAUAAGACAUCGCUUAAUGUAAACCUUACCGUCAACUUUAGACCUGCUGUGAAAGAUAUUUUUGGAAACCAAACAUACAACGAAAACGACACGGUUAAUUUUUCAUGCAACACAGAGAGUGUACCCACAGCUGAUAUCAAAUGGUUGUUUGAAGAUAAGGUCCUUAGCAAUGGUGAUUUAGUUUCUGUUAUUACGAACUUAACAGAUAGUACACUUAACAUUCGCCCAGUUGGAUGUUUAUCAAUGGGAACAUAUAAUUGUACUGCAAUGAACAUUAUUGGUCAAGACACGAAGGCAAUCGACAUAGAUAUUAUAUGUUCACCCAGGAUAAAUGAACUCGAGCAUAAUGUGACACAAAUAAUUGCAGUCAAAGACCAAGAACCAUUAAAUAUAACAGCUCCUAUAAUAGCAUUUCCGAAGCCUAAUAUUUAUUGGAUAUUUGAUAAUAACAAGACUUUUGCUAAUGUAACACACAAAACAUCAAACAUUUUUAUCAAAAAUAGGGUUUUUUCACAUUUGUACAUUGAGAAUGUAUCUGAAGCAGAUUUUGGAUUUUAUCACAUCUAUGCAUUCAAUGGAAUAGAAAAAACAGAGGAUUACAUUUAUUCAUUUGAAGUCAUUCCGGAACGAAAACCUAACCCACCAAAAAAUGUCACCUGUAUAGGAAGACCUGAUUCUGUUUUGGUCUAUUGGAAAUCGAGUUUCAAUGGAGGCGAUAGCCAGAUAUUUCAGAUUUUCGUACAAAAAGAUGGAGAUGCAAAAAUCAUUCAUUAUGGUCGGAACUAUAGCGAUCCAGGCCAAUAUGGAUAUUCAGAAGCAACAAUUAACCAGCUAACAUCAGAUACAACUUAUCAUUUUAAAGUGCGUGCAUUAAAUAAACAUAAUUAUUCCAUGUCAGGACCUGCAACUUGUAACACAACAACUGCAGUAGGAAACGACCAAGGAAAUAAAAAUAGUUUAGCUAUUGGUGCAGGAACUGGUAUUGGAGGAGCAAUAAUUGUCCUUAUUACUAUUGCUGUCGUUAUUUUUUUCCUUCGCAGAAAACAAAAUAAUGACAAGCUAGGACAGCAUAAAGAACUGAUUAACAGGUCUGUAACAAAAGCAGAGGAUAACGAUGACGAUGGAUUGAAAGAAAAUCCAUUGUAUAUAUCAUCAGUAAAAGAAGACGUUGGAGCAGUGUACAGCACUGUGGACAAAAAUAAAAAAAAUGAUAAGGAAAAAGCAAAUCUAACAGAUGCAAACACUGUGUAUACACAAGUGGUUAAACAAAACAAGAAAGGUACAAACAAAAUCAAAGCUUCAAAAUCAAAGAAAAUGUCGGAUAAAGAUAUGGAGUAUAAGGGAAUAGAAAUGGGCUGCGUUUAUGAAAAUUCAGAUGAUAUUACCCAUGGAAAUGCUGAUGACGUGUAUGCUAAUUCUGGAAUCGAAAAUAAAUUUGGAGACAAAAAUGUUUAUACACCAAAAAAGAAUAAGGACGGAUUGAUCUAUGCAGAUUUGGAUUUGGCGCCUACGGUUAGUGGAAAAAGAUUUAUAAUUAGGGGCUCGGAAAACAGAAAUAAUUAUGCAGUCAUUGACCUAACAAAGACAGCAGAGCCAUUGCCUUCUGAUAGUGAUAACGAUGAUAACCAAUCAGAAAAGAAUGUUGAAAAAGAAUAAACGGAACCAAAAUUAAGGAAUAGAAUGCAUGUUUUGGGCUUUGACUCUUCCGAUUUUCCUAUGCUAACUGUAUAUAACCUUAAGAUUAUGUUCAGGACCUUAGAAAUAAAAGCUCUAUAAAAUUUAA